UUUAAAGUCCCACUUUGAUCUUUUUUUUGUUUGCUUUAAUUUUCUGUUUAAAAUGUUCUUUGUUGUCUUUAUGAAGUUUUUAGGCAUAAUCACAUUACCUGUGUCACUUUCAAGGGCAGAUACAAAGUGCUCUCUAAAACCAUGUUAUAGUAGAAUACAGAGCUGCAACACUGCUUUUGAAUUUUGUUGCUGUGGAUUUUUAUGAUGUAUUCAUAAAAAGGAGCAACAAUUGACCCAAGUUCCAAGGCUCUAGUGAUUAUUCAUCCGUGUGUUCCCAUUCUCAAGGUUAUGUUAGGCCGGAUCCAGUCACAGUGCAUAUUUUGACAAAAAGGAAGUAUUUUUUCUGUUUUCACAUUCACAUCACCAGCAUGUAGUUUGAGUGAGGAAACUGGAGCACCUGCAGGAAAUGUGGGUCAAGAAGUGGGUUAUUUAUCCAAGAGGUUAGAUCAUAUGGACCUCAAACCAGCAAGCUGAGGGAAGUCCAUAGUGGCUUUCCUGGCUGUGGUUCUGUUGUUUGUUUGUGAUUGUUUUCAAUGAAUACAGUCUGAUAUAACACACAGGAACACACACAAACACACAAGCAUGCAGCAGCAGCAGCAGCACAAGAUGAAUACUGUCCUGCUCAGGACAUUGUAACCUGGAACUUUUUAACCACUCAAGGCUCUGCGAAAUCUCUUGAGUUGUGUGAUCAGCUUUAAAUAGAGAGCAGAUUGCGCACCUGAAUCUUCAUUGAAGGUUGUGAAAAAUCCCCUGAGGUUAUCACUGUCAUAAACAGAACCUAAAAAUAUUCCAAAACCUGAUAAUUUUAUUUAUUGUGGAGCAUUUUUGUCCUUUUCGAUGAUGAAUAGCGGUGCAUUAUUUUGAGUUAGAUUUGUCUAACAGGAAAAAUUUGGUUGUUUUACACUUCUAACUUAUAAUAUUGCUUAUAGGUCGAAGUCAUUGAUGUAUCAGCUACACGUAUCAAUAAAUUUAAUUUUAUCAAACUUUACGAUAAAACAUCUUCACCACAUCCUUACACAUGCAAUGUCAGGUUUUCCUGUUAACAUAACAAAGUAUAAUAAUCACAGAUGAAAUGAAAAAUUAUAGAUAUUGCCAAACCAACACAAUAUAUUAGUUUGAUUUGAAAAAUUUUAGAGGAAACAGGACAGAGGUAUAGUUGUUCCAUUGCUCAGCCAUUAGAUGUCAGUCAGAUUGGAGAAUUUAUCUUGAACAACACAGGUCCUUGUAAUUGUUAAAGUAUAAAUGCAUAAGAUUGUAAGAUUCUUGUUGUGUUUUUCACUUGUGCCUUGUCUUUUCUCGAAUUCAAUGUCUUGAAUAAAUUUAUUAAAACCUUCAUUGAAACAAACCACACCUCAUGUUAGUUUGUUAUGAAUAAAUAGAAUAAAGUAAUGUUGUAUUGGAGCACGCAUGUGUUCAUGAUGUUGAGGCUGUUUAGUGUAGAUUUACUUAUUCAAUAUUGAACGAUUUUUUUUAAACUCAACAAUAUUUUUAUUAGUUUUAUACAGAUAAAUACAGUACAGCACUUGAAAGAGCAUAAGAUACAAAGGAAGCACAUCACAAACACCCACUUUCCCUCAAGAUCCUGUCUACUGCUGGAUGUUCCUAUUGCUGUGUUUAAAUAACAAAUUCUGAAGCUUAAACAAAAAUAAUAAUCAUAAAAAAACAAGUAAGUGCUGGAAUUAGAUCUUGAAAUAUGUAAGACGUUGAGAAAUAAAAAGUUAAAAAAAAAUAAGUUAAAUGAACUAAUAUUAAAAGAUUUUUGAUCAGUUUCUGCCAUCAAUAUGUAAACAGGGACAUUUUUAUAACUUUUUUUUUGACAGUUUUGAGAAUAUUUAUUGAAAAGAAAAAUUGAGGUGUGGGAGCUACGAAUAAAAAACCAUACUGAAUUAACUGUACUGACAGAACUAACAUGAAAAUGGACUGUGAUGACGUCUUACCGACAGUACACUUUUUUAAAUACAGUUUGGGUAUCAACUUUUAUUAUUUCUCUAUUCAUUACAAAUAGGCACAUUUCCUUGAGGAGGCAACAUCCACGAGGCUUCAAAUACUCAGUGGCCGACUCAACUUGAUACUACCAUUGAUACAUGGGGUGAAUAAGAGGUUUAUGAUGACUGUCAGCAGUUGGUACCUGCACUUAACAGUAUACUGUAUAUAAAGAUGAUAUACAUAAUUAGAUAUUUAUUUUUUGUUGUAUAGCCUAUUCAUACCUGCAGUAACCAACGCUGUGUAUAUAUUUUUAGCAUAUUCAUUGCACCAUAUGGUAUAUUCAGUUCAUACCUGCACUGCCCAUAUGUACAUACCUUGCACUUUACUAUCUUGCACUUCUGGUUAGAUGCUAAACUGCAUUUCGUUGUUCCUGUACUUGUACUGUGUUCAACGACAAUAAAGUCGAACCUAUUCUAAUCUAACUGAUCUAAUCUAUAUGUUGUACCUGUAUAAGCACGGAGGUUUCAGCAUGAAAUCUGUUGCUUUGACAUAUCAGUGCCAGAUUUAAAGGCAGAGCUGGAAGUCCAGGACAGUGUUUCUGCAAUUCACUCUUCUACCACUAGAUGGUGGUAACGUACUGCUGACGUUUGAUAUGUCCACCGUCCUGAAAACCCACGAAGAAGAAGAAGGAAGUGAAAAAAAAAAAAAAAAAAAAACACCCAGCAGGUUCACUCGAGGAUCGGAGUUAAAAGCAGCCUCAACACUUCAGCUGUCAGGCGUGAAGUGGGUAGGUGAGCGAAAUUAUAUCCCAUUUCUUUCAGACAGACAUCAUCACUGCACUGUAGUUUUAAGAUGGCUGUUUUUUACUAUGCAGGCUUGGUGUAAAUCAUAAAAAUAACACGAAGCUAACGUUAGCUUAGCAAAUAAAUUUUACCUCUUACACAGGGCGGUUUUGUCGCUGUUAGCAAAGUAAAAUAUUAUACAUGUGAUGUUAAUAACAGGGUCGUCAUAAAGGAAUAUAAGUAAAACAGCAGUUGUCAUUAGUUGUUCGGUUGAAUGCGCACAUAGAGGAACGGUGAUAACGGGUUUUGCCUUGUCAAAUCUACUAUAACGUUCCUGUUUAUCUGUCAGAUUUAUAGUUUCUGUUGUGGUCAAGCUAAACUUUGGUCCCCCUCCCUCUAUCUCUCUCCAGGCUCCAUCUUCGUCCCUUAUGAAGAACCUGCAGGAACAGCCUACUGCUGCAGAUUAACAUCACCCGACCUUACAUAACGCUGUUGCUUCAAUGGUGGCCUGGAGGGGUCAACUGGAAAACCACUAGGCGGGCUUAAAAGCCAGUGAACCCCUUUCUUUCUUUCCCUCUUGAAGACAAAUGUUCUUUUGUCAUGGAUCCAGGUGUUGUGGAAGGUCUUGUUACCCUUGUCAUCAGGGCACCCAAUCAAAAGUACACUGACCAGACCAUCAACUGCUGCCAGAGCUGGACUGUGGAGAAGCUCAAAGCUCACCUGUCUGAUGUGUACCCAAGCAAACCCGUGAGUAUUUGGCUGGAGUUCAUAGUAAUAACUUUAUUUUUAUAGCACUUUUAAAAACAGAAGUUUACAAAGUGCUUUGAUAAACAGUCGUAAAGCACAGAACAUCAGCACAUAGUAUUAAAAACAAAUAAAAAAACCAAAAGCUCAGUUUUAUCUAAAGCUGCUGCCAUGGAAACAUGAAUAAAGAAGUAACUCUAGGGUCUUGUACAACACGUGUUUAGUUCCACCCACUCCCCUCUGUCAUGCAAGAUAACUAAACCCCCAUUGUGACUUUGUUAAGUCACAUGGGGGGGGUUCACAUCUUGUGUUUUUUAGCUGACAAAGAACAAGAUUAGAAAUGAACCAAUUUGAGGAACAUGGGACGAGUGUUUCCAUCUUGGCAUAAACCACAAGUAACAUAAGCUCUGUACUCUAAUGUGUCUGGUCUGACUGACUUUUUAACAGACUAAAAUGAUUCUGUAGCCCUAGCCCAUCAGUCAUUGUAACCUGUAUUGAUCUGCGAAUGUGUGGAGGAGUCACAGAGGUCUACAGAGAUAAUACCCGAAGGUAUUCUCCAAAGUAGAGGAAUUUGAAGGGAUAUUUCGGCGUAAAAUUGAUUUAGGGUCAAACACACUGUAACACCGAGUUAGACACCCCCUCCAGAGAUGAAUGCUGCCGACUGCUUGCUUCUCUAGUUAUACCAACUUUAGUAAUGACAGCAGGAAAGCAAUACACAACGGUCUGAGGAGCCAUAAACAAACCUCAACCAAAACCCCACUCUAUAGCCACAAAUAAUGCUCAGAACAGCACCUAACUUCAUCAACAGUACAUAUAGGGUCCCAGCCACAGCACUAGCCACCAAACAUCUUUAUAACUUUGCCUGAUUUCUUUAGCAAAGAGACUAAACACAACUCACCUACUCUCUUCCAGCAGCUGCUUGUGCUUAGCGAGACCCCGGGCCAGUCCAUUACGGACUACAGCGUGGUGCCGCAGCUUAAGGAAGAACAUUUAUGAUCAUUCAUCUCUCAAGGGGGUGUCUAACUCGGUGUUACGGCGUGUUUGACCCUAAAUUAAAUUUACAACGGAAUAUCCCUUCAAACUUCUUUUAAAAAGACCUCAGUCUGUACUCUUUCCCUCACAGUGAAAGGAAGGUCUUCAUGUCCCUGUUGUGUUGUGCCGUCACUCUGACAUAGUUCCUUUUUUUCCUCUCUUUCUUGGUCUAAUCUUUGCAAGGACAAAAAGACAAACUUCUCCUUUGUUGGGCUGCAGAAGUAACUUCUGCUGGGAUAUACUGUCAUUGGUGGUAUUUGUCUAACAUUUACCCAUAGUUUGAAGCAACUGGAAUUCAGAAAGAAAUGCACUCAGUUGAAAGUCUUGAAUGGAUGAGCAGUGAAUGUCGGCUUUAAGAGGAGACUCUGACCUGGUUCUAAAGCAAGUGUAAUCCACCGUUAAGACCUAUUUAUCCUAAUUAAGGUAACUAUAAUCUUGAAUGCGUGGCAUUUACACACACAAAUCUGUAUCUUUUAUGGCUGUGAUCUAUAUCUGUAGACAUGUUAAAGAAGAUCAAACAAAAAACAACAGUGAACAGAUUCCAGUUUUGUAUUUUUGCAGACAUGUUCUCUCCCUUGGCCUCAUUUAAAGUAUGAUUUUGUAUUUUUAGAGCUCCAAAGACCAGAGGCUGGUAUAUUCUGGGAAGCUGCUUCUGGAUCACUUCACGCUAAAAGAUGUGCUCAGGAAGGUAGGUUCUCUCUGUUGCAGAUAAAAUAAUAAUAAUAAUAAUAAUAAUAAUAAUAAUAAUAAUAAUAAUAACAAUAAUAAUGAUAAAGAUCAGGAUGAUAAUAAUAAUAAUGAUAAUGAUAAAUAAAUAAAUAAUAAUAACAAUAAUAAUGAUAAAGAUAAGGAUGAUAAUAAUAAUAAUGAUAAUAAAAAAUAAUAAUAAUGAUAAUUGUAACUAAUAAUAAUAAUAAUUAAUAAUAAUAGUAACAACAACCAUUACAACAAUAAUAAAAAUAAUAAUACUAAUAAUUAUUAUUAUUAUUGGAAAUUUUUAUUUAUAUUGCGCUUUAUAUCUGAGAAAACAGAUCUCAAAGUGCAUACAGUGAAAGGCGACAAUAAAAACAACAAAUAAAAGUAAACAACAUUAAAAGGCAAUAGUAAAAACAACAAUAUUACGUAAAUUAUAUUUGAUCCAUUUCAGUCAAAUUAAAGCUUAUAAAAUGCUCAGUGUGUUGAGUGUUCAUUUUCAUUGUGUGGAUGUACGCUGUAUUAUGUACAUUAUGCAUGAAAACUUUAAUUUCUUUUUUUCAUCAGAGUGUUUUUAGUUAAAUUUGGAGCACAAAACUGACAGUUUAGAACUGGCAGUUAAUUAUACAGUACCUAAAAGUGCAUCUAGUGAAAUGAGCUUUUAAUUUAAUUUAUCAAUUAAUUAAAAUAAUUUAUCAAUGUAAGGAAGAAAUCUUUUUUUUUUUUUUUUAAUUUCAGAGAAAAAAAAAAAAAAGAGAUGUUAAGAACAGCACUGUAUGUUUUCAUCUUUGAUAAAAUGAGGCAAAGUACUGCCACAAAGUUUAAAAGUGUUUUCAUUCUCUGAACAUGCAAUACCUGGACACUGUUUGAUAAUAACCUGGCCUGGCUUCCACAGCAGGACGAGUACCAUAUGCUCCAUCUGGUCUGUGCCUCAAGAACCCCUCCCAGCUCUCCAAAGCCCCCCCGCAGCCACGCUAACAAGCCUCAGGAGAGCUCGCCUGGUCCCACGGUAGGUCAACAACACACUCAUCACACCCUUCUUCUCAUUUCAUCAUCCCCACAUUCCCUUUCAUCAUCAUCCACGGUACUGCUGCAAUCUGCAGCUCCCCGAGGAUCUAUGAGGUGUCAUGAUGAACAAUCCACCAUGACUGAUUUAAAGAACUUUUUCUGUCUGGUCACAGCCCUUGCAGAACUCUACUAGUUCUUUCCCUGGUCAGCAAAGGCAGGCAUCUACAGCGGUGGGUGGAGAUGGACUCAGACAGCGAGCUGGACACUUUCCAGACCCGCAUAUGUAUGCACAAUUUAUGCACAGGUGAGCUGUUGACUGAUGAAAAUUUGAUCAGUACUGCAGCACAGAUGUGCACAGACCCAUGUAGGUGUGUGCUUGGAGAUAUACAGCCUAUUGUGUGAGUGUAACUACUGUUUAAGCAUGUUGAUCUCAUGUGUGAAUAGAGGUAGAGGAGAGGACAUUAUCGUUUCUGUCUCUUAGAUUGAGCCUGUAACAUUUACAUGAUAGGACAGUCUAAUAGGAAGACUGCUCCUCCUUGUAUUGUGUCACAGUCGAUCACCCAGCAGUGCUCAGUCAUUCAUUUGUGCCUCUCAUGCGAGGAAUUUUUCAGCACUUUCCUGACAGUUUUCUUUCUUAUUGUGUGGUAACAUAGCGGGUGAAUGACAGCGUUUGUUCUGCUGUUUAUAAAGUUAAAACAGCGAAAUCUGAUUCGUCAGCAGGCUGUGCAGGAACAUCACAACCUUGAGCAUAAUGACUUCUUGUUGUGAAGAGACAGUGUCUGGACAGUGUGCGCUGUAUACUGUGCUUCUGUUCAUUUUUCUCCCGCUUCUACAGCACUUGUAUAACCCAGGUUAGGCUAAAUUGAUCCAUUAUGAUUAGAAAAUACCCCAAAAUUUUGAUAAUUUAUAAUUCCCUUUUUUAAUUUAGAAGGAGUAAUAUUAAACAUCAGUCAACAGGUUUUGUUAGUGUGAGAUCUUGCGGCAUUUUAUCAUUUUGCUGAGAUUUUCAGUUGUGAAAUGUUAGUUUCCCCACUGCUAAUGUAGAUUUUAAAUUGUGCAAGUUGUGAUGAUACAUCUUUACAACUGUCUCACAUCUAUAGAUUCAUAUUUCACAGAUUAACAGCAGCUCUAUUAACUCUGUGUACGUGCUUGCAUCGUUUGAAAUAAACAUUUCUUUUCUUCCAGUUGGAAUCAGUACUCCUCACUGUCAGCUCCUCCCACAAACAUGCCCACUUACAACCCUAUGACACUAAUGUGGUGGCAGCAGCUCUACGCCCGACAGUACUACAUGCAUUAGUAGGUUCUUCAAUUUUCUGUCCCGACAUCUGUGUUGAAUGUUUAGCGACACUAUCAAAAUAAAAGCCCCCUCUUCUCUUCUCUUCUCCCGCAGUCACUUACUGGCCGCCUCCUCUCAGCACCUGCAGCCAGAUCCGCCCUCACCUCCGUCAAUCCAGCCCGAUCAGGUGUACCAGCAACCUCUGGAAAAUCACCGUGGCAACCCAGAAGUUCAAAUGAACGCCCAGGGUGGGGAGAUCCUGAACGAGGAGGAGCUGAAUCGGGAUUGGCUGGACUGGGUCUACACAUUUUCACGCGCCGCGAUCUUACUAAGUGUGGUUUACUUCUACUCGUCCUUCAGCCGCUUCAUCAUGGUGAUGAUGGCCAUGCUGGUGCUUUACCUGUGAGUACUGAUACAAAUGCAAAGAUAUUUUAACAUUAAAAUAAAAGAAUUGGCUUUUUGUGAAAGGAAUAUUCCGCCGUAAAAUUAAUUUAGUGUCAAACCCACCGGAACACCGAGUUGGACACCCCCUCGAGAGAUGAAUGUUGCCGACCGCUUGCUUCUCUAGUUAUACCAACUUUAGUAACGACCACAGGAUAGCAAUACACAGCGGUUUAUGGAGCCACACACAAACCUCAACCAAAACGCCACUCUAUAGCCACAAAUAAUGCUCAGAACAACACCUAACUUCAUCAACAGUUCAUAUAGGGUCCCAGCCAUAGCACUAGCCACCAAACAUGUUUUUAUUUUUGCCUGAUUUCUUUAGCAAAGAGACUAAACACAACUCACCUACUCUCUUCCAGCAGCCGCUUGUUUGAAGCGAGACCUCUGGCCAGUCCAUUAAGGACUAAAGCGGGGUGACACAGCUCAAGGAAGAACAUUUAUGAUCAUUUCUUUAUUAUUUCCUUGAAGUAAAAAUCAUCAUAUUAAUCAUUUUGCACUGCAGACGCGGUAGUUCUUCUGUCUUAGCGUCUCGGUCUGAUUGCAUUUCCAUGAAGAAAUGAUCAUAAAUGUUCUUCCUUGAGCUGUGUCACCCCGCUGUAGUCCGUAAUAGACUGGCCUGAGGUCUCGCUACAAACAAGGGGCUGCUGGAAGAGAGUAGGUGAGUUGUGUUUAGUCUCUUUGCUAAAGAAAUCAGGCAAAGUUAAAAAGAUGUUUGGUGGCUAGUGCUGUAGUUAGGACCCUAUAUGUACUGUUGAUGAAGUUAGGUGCUGUUCUGAGCAUUAUUUGUGGCUAUAGAGCGGCGUUUCGGUUGAGGUUUGCCCGUGGAGACGUAGACCGCUGUAUAUUGCUAUCGUGGGGUCGUUGCUCAAGUUGGUGGAACUAGAGAAGCAAGCGGUCGGCAACAUUCAUCUCUCGAGGUGGCCUCUAACUCUGUGUUACGGUGUGUUUGACCCUAAAUUAAUUUUACGCCGGAAUAUCCCUCAAAUAUAAGAAUCACGUUAUAUCCGAACUGAAAAUCUAUUCUUUUGUGUUCGCAGGCAUCAGACCGGUUGGUUUCCCUUCAACCUGGAGAAUGAACUGUUUCCAGACAGAGCCAAUCAGGAAGAGGCGGAGGCAGAGCUGCAUGAUCUUAACAUGCAAGAAAUGGUAACUGUGUUUCUUUAUCACGGCCUUUAAAAAAAACAACAUUAUUACUGCCACUAAUGACGAUGCUGAAAGUUAUCUACAGUAGUUGUUUCUGCUGCACAGGCCCUCACAGCUCAGAUGUUACAUGUUUCCUUGUUAGCUUCACUACUAAGAGAUUACAGGCAAAAUGGAAACAAUGGUUUAUUGUAUCUGGUUGAUAAGGUUUUGCUGCUUUAACCCGUUUGAUGGAUCUAACAGUUGUUUCAUAAUUGUUUAAACCUUUAAUCAACAACAGUCUGAUUUUAGUAGCCCAAGCUGUGAUCUAAUCUCUUUUAAAGUUUGAUAUUAUCUUUCUGGCAUCUCUCAAGUAAAACAUAUUUUUAGGCGAUCCAGCUCACUGCCUGUGUGAGUUGGUCUGUAUUUCACUGCAUCAUCUUCUCACCUGUCUCUCUCCUGCACAGGAUGGACUGGUAGAUGACGGCUCAGACGACGACGGGGAAUCCGGCGAGGAAGGCGCAGAAGAUCCAAACAGCGGGCCCCACACAGGCUUCCUGUCCUCCACUUGGUCCUUCAUCAUCACCUUCUUUAUGUCGCUGAUCCCAGAGGGGCCGCCUAACGCUGCUAACUGAACCGCGAGUCGCCACAGACCGCCGCAGGAGCACACGUUUGACGUUAAGAUGAGGAUGUACGUCCUACCUGCUUGGGGGAAACCAUUUCUGUUUCAAUGCAGUGUUCUCGUUUCCCUUUAGUCGACUUUGUUACAUAUCAGAGACUUUGAGCUGAAAUUGGAAUGACUGAUUUAACCUGAAAAAAGGGCAAAGUCUUUCUAUAGCUUGGAAAAGUGUCAUAUGAGAUGAUUUUUAGUUGAAGUGAUAGAUACAAGGAGUGCUAGUGAUGCCUUGUAAAAACACCCAGACUUGCACUGUUUGUGUUUGAAGACAGGGACAGCAGGCACAUUUAAGAAAAAAAACGAAGCAGCACUACUUUAAGUUGACUAAUCUUUUUUUUUUUUCUUUAAGAAGCUGCAAUAUUAGUUGAAAGUGUUUUUUGUAUUGUAAAGAUUUUGGGUUAUAUUAAAUGAUUUAAAAAUGAAACUUUAAAGGGCACCUUAGGUCUAAAAGUUCAACGUGAAUAAUAAACUGGAAGAUGCGGCGCCUGCAAGGACUUAAGAGGAGAGUCUGGCCGCAUUGUUGCGGUGAUAUAAUGCUGAGAUGGAUGUUAGGCUCAUAAGAGUAAAAAUUUUUUUGUAUUCUGUUAUGUAAUGCACCACCUAUCUUCAGACAAGCUGACAGAACUAAAUAGAUCCACCACCAUGAGGUCAUGCACCAUGAAGCAGAUAAAAGUCACCUCUGCAAAUGUCUGAUUGUGAACUAAAGCGCUGUCAUCGUUACCAGAGGACAAAAACUUACACACUACAGUAUGUGAGACUGGCUGCUGCUGUUACCUUUAACAUGUUGUGCAUAAAUGAUGUUGAUUAAACCUCCAAUUAUGGUGAUGAAGUCACUCUGUUUA